CCCAAACAAACACAAACAACACGGAUAGUGAGUUUAUACUCACUAUAUUAUAGAUUUACACUUUAAGGAGGCCUUGGGUAGGUUUAAACUGUUAGUAACUAAUAUUAGAAUUAAUAAGGUAGCCUUGGAUCUUAAUAUUGGUAGCUUUAGACCUUAAUAUAGGUUAAUAUUAGGGUGUAUCUAGUAAGGAGACUAGAUAAAUGCGACGCCUAGCAACCCUAUGCUUGAACACAGGCAGGACGGGGUUGAACAAGUACUGAUAACAAGAACAUUAGAAAGAAGGAGCACUGCGGCAGGCCUACAGGCCCAUGCGAGGCAGGUCCAACUCACACCCACUCGUAUAUUAAUCUAACCUAUUUUUAAAAUUACACAAGGGUUUAGCUUCUAUGACGGUACUUGGGAGUUUGUGCCACUCAGCCACAACUCUAUUACCAAAUCAUUGCUUUCCUAUAUCUUUCCUGAAUCUAAAUUUUUCCAACUUGAAACAAUUGCUGCGAGUCCUGUCUUGGUUAGAUACUUUUAGCCCGUUAUUUACAUUUCCUUUAUUCCUGUUUUCCAUUUAUACACCUCAAUCAUAUUUCCCCUAAUUCUACACCUGGUCUGAAGAGGGAAGUGUUAUCAAAUCUUGCCAUAACAGCCGCAGACUCAAGAAAAAGCCAGGUAGGAGUGAAGCAGCCGUUUUCUUGAGGUUGUAGAUUGCCAUCCUCGUCACCUUCAGGUCUGCGGCUACAUGUAUCACAGACAUGCCUUGCUCUCAUAGGGUGAGUGCAUGGGUCUUCUCUGCAAUUGAAAAUUUUGUUCAACUCAUUCUGACCACCUAGAGCAGAGAUACAGCGUGGCAAAGUUCGUGGUCGAGUGAAAAAAGGGACACUGAGGAGCAACGUUGCAAGCCUCCUUCCUCACCGAGCUCUGGCAUAGUACUGAAGUGUGGCAUGGUGCGUAACAAUGGAGCAAGAUGGGUGCCAGUACACUAUGUCAUCACACUAUUCCUAUGGCAGAAAUUUUGAUGUGAAAUGAUGAUGAUCUAUGAAACGCAUAAAAUAUUAUGGCAUCCAAUAACCAAAAUGUGUCACAUGAAACCACAGACAAAACUCAUUGCACUUCAAGCACUUACGAAAAUUCUCAAACUGGAGACCCCAGUAUACAAGGGCAGAAUGUAAAGGCAGACAAAGAAAAUCACAAAAAGGAAAUUGAGGCUACGAAAAUAGGGGAUGAACUUCAAGAUGUAUCUCCAAGUACACCUCAUUCAGUGUACUCAAAUAUACCUCAUAAUGUUUCUCUAGUAUCUCCUCCAGUUGUUCAGAACAACAGUGCUGCCUUUCAUCAGAUUUUUAGCUUCAGUCCAGCUUUCAUGAACUUUUAUUAUAGCAGCCAUGGCAUGACCCCUGGAUUUAAUCCAGGAUAUCCCUGUAGUAGCCCCUUGGCAUCUGGUUGCAUACUACCAUCAGGCUUGCCACCAUUACCAUCAGCACCAGGAUUCCUCACAGGAGCAGGCUAUCAUUUCAGUAAUGUGGGCUCGCCUCUUAUCGGAGGACUGCGCGUUCCUGGCUCCUCGCUAUUACAUCUAGGCCAGGCUGGGACCCUGCUUCAUUCUGCAGCCAUUCUUGCAGACAAGCUUAAGCUUUCAGAAGUUCUUCAAGAUGCAAGUAUAGACCUUGAGGCUCGUGAUCAAUGGGGGCGUGUUGCCCUUAUGUAUGCAGUAAUGGGCAACCAUCAGGAAGCUGUAGAAACACUUCUCCGGGCUGGAGCAAGACCUGAUGCCACUGACUCGCAUAAUCGCACUCCAUUACACUUUGCUGCUUAUAAAGGACAUCUGGGUUGCAUCAAGGCCAUUCUGCAUGCAGUUGAGAGCAAAGGAAUAACUAACUGUGAAGGUCAGGGUGGUGUUUGGCUGGCUCAGGAUGUGAAAGGUGUGACACCGCUACAUCAUGCAGCCAUACAUAGUAAUAGCAAGUGUCUACAAGUCCUGCUCAAGUAUGCAGCACCUGGAACACUGGAUACAGAGGACCACAAGAAGAGGACUCCCCUUUUGUGGGCAGCAGCAUAUGGAUCAGAAGAAAAUGUACGUCUUCUAAUAAAGCACGGAGCUAACAAUCUUAUGCCUGAUCAAGAAGGCAAAACACCUCUGCAUUGGGCAGCUAUGAGUAAGGCUGAGGGUGCUAAAUACUGUGUAAGAACUCUGAUUGCUGCAGCUCCCUCCAGUAUCAACUGGCAAGAUUUUGAUGGUAUAACAGCAUUGCAUUUAGCUGUUGCUGAGGCAAGAGAGGAUACUGUGGAUGGAAUUUUAGGUGUGCAGAGGUGUAAUGUUGACUUGACUGACAACCAUUUUCGAACAGCUCUUCAUUGGGCUUGCAGCAGGGGACUAACUACAAUAGUUGGUAAACUACUGGAACGAGGCGCUCAUCUGGGGGCGGUGGAUGUAUAUGGUGCUACUCCGCUACAUUAUGCUGCUCAGCUCAAUCAUGCUGAUACUGUAGAGCUGGUAAGAAGGCUUAUGUUUUUUGUACUUUUUAUUAUGUAUCUUAUGAAAUGUCUUUUAAAAUACUGUAAACUGCUUUAUAUUUCAAUACAAAUGAGCACGUCUUUGCAGGGACAGAGUCCUCUUCACUGGGCUGCACAACAAGGACAUCUAGGUGCUGUUAAUACAUUACUUGACUUUCAUGCAUACCCAAACUACACCCAGACAACAGAUGACAGGUACACACCCCUAGACUGUGCAUAUGUUGCUGAGCAGCUGGAGGUUGCACAGGUUUUGAUGGAAGCUGGAGGAUUGUCAGUCACAAGGAUUAUGGAGUUUGCAGCCACAAAGAUUCAAGCUGUAGUGCGCAGCUAUUUAACUCGCAAACGUUACCGUCUGAAGAAAUCCGGCACAAACGUAUCUGAUAAUGGAAAUACAAGAAAUUCUUCCAAUUCACUGGUGAUGGAGAUUAAGCAGACACCUUCUACAAAACCUAUAGCAAUAGCAGAAAAAGCCAGUUUAUGCCAUCUAAAAGGCUCUUCUCUACUGAACAGUGACACUAAGGAUGCACAAGGAGUCUUAGAAAAGCAAGAGAUAUCAUUGGCAGGAAAAGAAACAAAGACAAGUUCACUCAUGCACCACCACCUUCGGGGCACACUUUCCGACUCUAGUCCAUACAAUUCUGUAUCUGGUCAACGGCGUUCAAAAGUCCUGGCAAGCAGUAUUAUGAGAGGUGCUCGUAAGAAGACCUUACGUAAUUUAGAGCUCCCAGGGCUGAGCGAGCUAGGCUUAAACCAGAUGGAGCCAAAAGAAUUACCUCCAGUUGAAAAGACUUCAGACUCGGAGGAGGACAGCUGUGCAGUGUUGGCUCAUCCACCUCAGUGUUCGUCACUAAAGGUGGCUGAAGCGCUGAAGCAUUAUACCAACAUUGCUGCUGCAAUAGCUACUGCUGGUGUGGCUAAACCUAACUGUGCACAAAAUAUUGGUGAAGAAAUUAAUAUUAUGAAAUUAGAAAACAGACACAGUGAUAAAAUUCUAACCACAGAAAGCAGUGAAAGUAAAACAAGUAAUGAUACCUGUAAUACUCAGUCGAGGGAUUCUCAAUUCUUGAAAAAAAUUAGUGAUACUGUAGUUACAAAUAACAGUGAAAAUGUUAUAAAAUAUUUGCAUGAACUAUAUGAAUAUGAAAAUGGUAAUACAGAUUUAAUAAAAUAUGACAGGGAUGAUCAUUCAGAUUGUACCAAAUACAGUGCAAUGGAUAGAUUAUAUGAAAAUGCUGAAAAUAGCUUUGAAAAUGACUCUGUGCCUGCAUUGAAUCUUUUAUACGAUAAUGAAUUUGAAGAUGACAUGUUGCAAAGAAUAAACAGAAGACAGAUACUGGAAGAUAAAGCUGCCAGGUCCCUCAGCAUUGCUGAAAAACAAGGUGUAGGUUGGAGAACAUCUGCAGGCAGACUGAAUGACAGAUACAUUAUAAGUGCAGAAACGAGAAAGCGUGCUGAAGAAAGAUGGAAUAACAAACUUGCAUCAUUGACAUUACAAGGUGUGCAGCAGCCUAAUAGUUCUAAGUCGGGAGUGUCUUUUUCUUACAACUUGGUCACCCCAGCAGCUACAUUGUCUGCUUUCACCACCAAGAUGAACUCACAUUUUGUAAACAGAAGUGGAUAUAAUGCUCCAAAUGCUCUGUAAAUUUAUUUCAUAUUUAUAAUGUAUUUUCGAACAAAUUACUCAGGGUAUCUCAUCAGUGAUAUACAAUCUGUACAACCACAAUAGUCAUAUCUGUAUAUUUUUUAUUAAUGAGACUUUUGUCUUGAAAUUUUUUUUUAUGAAACAUUGUACAAGGUUGAUCAUUAUUUUUACUGUAAUGCCCUAUAUCACAGAAGUGCCUAAAUUGUGUGGGGGUUGAUCUAGUGUUAUAAACAGCAGGGUCUCAGUAUUUUUGGAGUUAUUUCCCUAGAUAUAUGCAAAACCCACGAGUGCUGUAUUUGUCCUUCCCUGAUCCAACUUGAGUGUCUCCCAGUCCUUACAUGCUAUAUAUAUUAUCCCUGUCUGUUUAAUGCUUC